AUGGCAGCCCUCGCAUCCGCAACCACAACUGCCCCCGCGUCGGCCGUGGUGCCGCGCGUGCCCAUCCCCGCGAAAGGCGUCGACUACCGCAACAAAAUCGUCCUCGCGCCAAUGGUCCGCUCAGGCGAGCUCCCAUCUCGUCUGCUAGCCCUGAAAUACGGCGCCGACCUCGUCUGGGGGCCCGAAACAAUCGACAAAUCAAUGAUCGGCACCGAGCGACGCGUGAAUCCGCGCAACGGCGUGAUCGAGUACACCCGCAUGCCCAGCAAUGGCGGCCGCACCCAAGCACCAGUCAAAGAAUCAAUCAUCUACCGCAUCGACCCAGUGCGCGAACAAAACCGUCUAAUCUUCCAAAUGGGAACCUCCAACCCGGAGCUAGCAGUGCAAGCCGCGCGCGUGGUGGCGGCAGACGUCUCAGGCAUCGACGUCAACUCCGGCUGCCCGAAGCCCUUCUCCACGCACGCAGGCAUGGGUGCCGCCCUCCUCCGUACCCCCGAUCUCCUCGUCUCCAUCCUGGAAGCCCUCGUCAAGGAGGUCGGCGAGCCUUUCCAAAUCGGCAUCUCUGUCAAAAUCCGCAUCCUCUCCGAUCCUGAAGAAACAAAGAAACUCGUCUCUCGUCUUGUCAAGACUGGUAUCACCGGUCUGACGGUCCAUUGCCGCACAACGCCGAUGCGCCCGCGCGAGCGCGCAAUUCGUGACCAGCUGCGCAUGGUAGCUGGUAUCUGCCACGACGCCGGCGUGGCGUGCGUGAUGAACGGCGAUGUGACCUCGCGCGACCAGGGUCUUGCGCUGAUGGCCGAAUAUGGCGUUGACGGUGCCAUGAUCGCGACGUCUGCGGAGACGAACUCGUCCUGUUUCCGGGCUGAGGCGGACGGCGGCCUUGCCUCGUGGCAGGAGAUUGUCUACGAGUAUAUGAAAAUCUGUCUGGAGCAGGAGAACCGCAUGGCGAAUACCAAGUACCUGUUGAACAUGCUGAUUCCGGGCAAGAACAAGGAGUUCAAAUAUGCGACUCUGUCGAAGACGUAUCUUGAUCUUUGCCGCGCGCUGAAAUUGGAGGACUUGCUUCCUGCCGCUGAGCGUGUUGAUCAAUUGCUUGGUUUGGAUGAGAAGUGGGCGUCUCCCCCUGGUGCCCCCGGUGCCACCGAUAUCCCGGCCAAGCCUGAGACCAAGUCCAAGGCUGUGCAGAAUGCCAUGGAGUCCGAGUCUGCUCGUGCGGCUGGUGGUGGUGCUGCUCGCACUAAGGCAUCUGCGCCUGUUGCUCACGCUGGUGGUCCUAUUCGCCGGACGUCUGCUCCCAAAGCGGCCAAGGUUGCUAAAGUCGAGGCUGAGCAGCCAGCCGUGGAGACUACUAAUCCAGCUACACAGACUCAGGCCCAGUCUCAAGUGACGGCAUAA